AUAAGAACAAUUAUUGGACUCGAAAGGAUGUGGACUGCUUCUCGUCACAAGGCGGGACGUUUUCCUAUGGUUGCUUACCGCAGUUUCUCAACCUCGGUACAAAAAGAUUGGAGUGCCUCACUUCCUUCUAAUGUCCGUAUAGUUGAAGUUGGUCCACGUGACGGCUUGCAAAACGAAAAAAAUUUUGUACCCACUCGAGACAAAAUCAAGCUCAUCGACAAGUUGACGAAUACUGGAUUGGAAACCGUAGAAGUGACUAGCUUUAUAUCUCCGAAGUGGGUACCCCAAUUGGCAGAUGCCAAAGAAGUGUUUACCAGCAUUCAGAAAAAGCCUGGAGUUCGUUAUCCGGUUCUUGUACCCAAUUUAAAAGGACUUGAAGCAGCUCUCGAGGCAGGAGCAAAAGAAAUUGCAAUAUUUGCUGCUGCUAGUGAAACAUUUUCCAAGAAGAAUCUUAAUUGUAGCAUAGAAGAGAGUUUAGAUAGGUUUCGGCAAGUGACUGAAGAAGCUAAAAAGCAUCAAGUUAGUGUACGAGGAUAUGUUUCUUGUGUUGCUGGUUGUCCUUUUGAAGGAUCGAUCGAUGCCGAACAAGUCGUUCGAGUGACUUGUGGACUUUUGGAAAUGGGAUGUUAUGAAGUCUCUUUAGGGGAUACAAUUGGAAUUGGCACACCUGGCGAUUUUCAUCGUAUUCUUCAGGCUUUACGACCGCACGUGUCUAUGAAUGCUCUAGCGGUUCAUUGUCAUGAUACUCGUGGCACAGCACUUGCAAACAUUUUGACAGCAUUGCAAUAUCAAGUUAGCGUAGUAGAUGCUUCCGUUGCUGGUCUUGGUGGUUGUCCUUUUGCACCUGGAGCGACAGGAAAUGUUGCUACAGAAGACGUGAUAUACAUGUUGAGAGGAAUGGGUAUUGAUGUUGGUCCAGUUGAUUUAUCAGCUUUGAUUGCUGUCGGGCAAGAGACUUGCCAGUUGCUUGGGAAGAAUAAUAAUUCCAAAGUAGCGGUUGCAUCACAAGCAAGUCGAGUAAGAAGGGCCAACCUUUGAGUGCGUACAAUAGGAUUGUCCUAUUUGGG